AUGAGAAUAUCGUCCAUUUCCACCAUUACUGCUAUACUAGCAGCCGCUGCUGAAGCUGCUCCAGUCAUCUACACCAAUUACAUUACUGCCGACACCACACACACCAAUUGGGUCACUGUUACCACUGGAACUACCACCAAAACUGGGUUAACCACAAUUUACGGGCCACCACCUGGUGCCGCAACCACUGCUGCUACAACCUCAUCUACCUCUUCAUCGUCAACAUCAACAUCAACGUCGACUCCAGCCACACCAACCACCAGCUCAAGCUCAAGCUCAAGCUCAGUACCUACUACUGCUACUACCUCGACGAGUAGCUCUUCGUCAGCAGCACAGACUUCUACUUCAUCUACCAGCUCAGCUGUUCCAUCAUCAACUUCAACCACCUCAUCACCAACCACUUCCACAUCACCUACUACCUCAUCAACCAGCUCACCACCAACCACUCCAACCACUACCUCCUCAUCCUCCUCUUCUUCUUCUUCCGCCCCAGCAACAUCAUCCUCAAGCCAAUUAUCAACCCCAUCCACCGACACCGCAUUCGCCAACGAGAUCCUCGGCGCCCACAACCGAGUCCGUGCUCUCCACGGAGUCCAAGACUUGUCCUGGAACGAUACCUUAGCCGCCUACGCCGCCCACUACGCCGCCACCACCUUCUCCUGCGACAACGUGCAGCUCGUGCACUCCCGCGGGCCAUAUGGAGAAAACUUGGCUGCCGGUUACGUUGGAGGUAAUGCACCAGUUAAUGCAUGGUACAAUGAAAUUGAGCACUAUGAUUAUUCCAACCCAGGUUAUUCGUCAGCUACUGGCCAUUUCACGCAAGUCGUUUGGAAAGCUACUUCGCAGGUCGGAUGUGCUUAUGUUACUUGUAAUAAUGCUUGGAGGCAAUACACUAUUUGUGAGUAUUCGCCAAGAGGUAAUAUUGUAGGAACGGAUUAUGCUACUGGAAAGUCAUUGUUUGAGGAAAAUGUUCUCCGUCCAGUUUCAGGCCAAGUGCAAUUGCAAUGA